AUGAAUCAAGGGUUGGAUUUAAAUUUGAGGUUAUCUCAGUAUGAUCCAUGGGUUAUAAAAAAGAAGUUAACCGAUUCUGAUACUUCGACUUUUGGUAAACUUUCUCUAUCGCAAGUAGGAAUGGCUUCUAUAACUCGGCAGAUGAGACAGUCUAUGGUCGAGCAGAUGGAAACAACAGAAGGUGUUGAAGUGAAGGUCCAUGUUAUAGAGGAAGGUCAUCAAGCUGAUGACUACACAUGGAACUUAGUUAAACUCUGGGACGGCAGAUACUUUUUGAAGGGAGGAUGGGGCGUUUUUGCUAGAGAUAAUGGUUACCAAACAGGCGACGAAAUUGGACUCAUGUGGGAUCAAAGUUAUGAGAGGUUUUUGCUCCACAAGAUAGUCCAAUAUUAG